CUACACUGGCAACACUUUGAGGAAAAAGAUAACAAAAAUGACAGGCAGUGUCAGUUUCAACACCACGAACUAAGAAAAAGAUUCCUGUCAUAGAGCUUAAACUCGCAUUCUUGUCGUUUGCAUACUUAUAGAAAAUGGAUCGAGAAAGAAUUGAAGGAAUGAAGCCUCACACUGCUGAGGCAUUAGAAAGCUUACUGCGGCACAAUGCUGCAAGUGAAAUUGAAGAAGAAGAACGAAGAAUGUACAGAUGGAUUGAUGACACUAUUGGUAUUAAUUUCUGGGAAUUUAGAAAAAGAAAUCAUGCCCUCCUCAGCUAUUUUGAAAUAUGUGAAGACGUCAGUUAUUCUGAGGGUUGGAAAAACUUUGCAGAAAAAUUGGGGCUUGACUUCACAAAUAUACAGCACUGUGAGAAAUUUUGUGGUCAAGCAGGGCCAACAAAAGCAGUACUUGACAGACUAGAAAGUAAAAAAGAAUACAUUGGAUUAACACUGAAAGAAGUCCUGGCUGUGCUGAAGGAUCUUGGGCAACACGAUAUCUUACGAAGAGUCAGUUGGCAGGAAGGCAUAAGUAAGUUUGAGAAAGUCCAGAAUGUGCCAGCUGCAAUCAAAGAAGGCUAUGAAGAUACUGUGCCUGCAACCUUCUCAUUGGAUAUAAAACGAGGAUGUGAAACCUUGGUAUGCUCAGCAAAUGAAGGAAGGGUAAAUGAAAGCAUCAUAAGAAGAGACUCCCCUCCACAGGCAUGCCAAGUGAAGAUUUUGAUGGUCUUUGCUUCUGAUGCCAGACGGGAAGCUUUAGAGGUGGUGGAGCAGUUACGGAACCCCUUGACUUCAAGAGGCAGGGUUGGAGUGCUAUUGCUGAUGGGGGAUGUUGCUUCCACUGUUGCCGCUAAUUUACGGGUGGACCCUCACAACAGUAUCCACAAAUGGUUCAAACAGGUCAGGUUUGUUGUCCCAGUGCUUUCCCCGCAGUUCCUAAAACAGAUACAGAAUCGUGAUAGGAGCAACCAGUGCAUUGAGGAGAAGAUAUACAACAGAUUUGUGUAUCGUUUGACUCUUGAUGACUAUGUGGCCAAUAUGAGUCGUAACACCAAGUGCAGGCCACUCUAUCCUAGUUGCUAUCACAAGGAGGUUGUUGAUAGUGAGCUUGUUAGAGGAAAUGGACUGCUACAGAUACACUGGAACUGCUCUUCAAAGGACAGUGUUGAACAGUUUGCAGAACUUUUAAUUGAUGAAGCAAAAUAUCUGUGACUGUGUGCGUGAAUCAAGUUUUUGUUAAUUGUUAUAUGAAAAUACAAAAAAUUACUUUAGAAGUUUAGAUGUAAUAUGUUUUGGGGAGUAAGAAAUACCAUUCAUAUAUAUGGUAGAUCUGGGUUAGCAUUUACUGUAAACAUUAUGUAUAAUUCUUAUAUGAGAAUAACAAGAUUGGAAAAUAGGGUGAUAUAUAUAUUAUAUGUGUGUGUGUGUGUAUGUAUGUAUUAUAUAUAUGAUAAAGCUUAGUAUUUGAAUCAAAUGAUCAAAGUGAGAUACAUAGCAAGACUGUGUCAUGGUUAUGGUUAUUUUUAAUUUUUUAAUGAGUAAGAUGUGAUUGCCUGAAAGGUUUACAAUUGAAUGCAGUCUUCAUACUGAAAAUAUUUAAAAGGGAUUUCUCAUUAUUUUCUUGAGUUUUAAAUAUUGCAUGCAUUUAUAAUGUUACCUGAUCAUAGCAUUUUACAUUUCUACAUUCAGUACAGUAACAUUGCAUUUAGUAUUUAGUAGAAUUUAAGUGCUAUUUGAACAGAACAUGACAAGAAUUACAUAUUCUAGUUCUCAUGAAAAUCAAAACUCUCUAUCUGUCUGUCAUUCUUUCACUGUUUGCUCAUCUUUCUGCCAACAGAUUGUAACGUUUCUGAAAAUUGAACGAAAAUAUCACUUCAGCACGACAGAAUAUUUGUUAAGCAUUAGACUCUUAACCCAUUGCUUUUAGAAUGUACUAUUUUUUGCAAUAAAUAUAUUCUUAUAUCCACCAAGUAGUCAAUUAGUAAGCCUUAUGCUAUUGCUAAAUUGCUGUUUCCUCUUCUAUUUUUCUUUCUUUCUUUCUUUUUUAAUGCUGUUAAUAGUGUUGGCAUUGUUAUUUUUAUUAUUUACAUUAUCAUUGGUAUAAUGUUAUUAGAAUACCAAUAACAGUAAAGAAAUAAUCUUUAAAAGGUCAAUAAAAUAUGUAAACAAAUGAGAUAGGUAGGACUAAUAAAUGACUCCUUGGUGACUAACUACUUGUAGAGCUAUCUACAGGUAGCAUCUACAUUCUUUGAAGUUAUUCUUUGAAGUUAUAUGUCUGUUACACAGCAACAGACAUAUAUCAAGUUUUCUGGUAUAUUACACCAAAUUCAUUGGAUGUUGAAAGCGUGCAACAAUAUGUAGGUGUGGGUGGAUGGAUGGAUGAAUGCAUAUGUAUACACAUGAAUGUACGGAUGGAUAAGCAUGUUUUUCUCUACUCUAUGUACAAACUUUGGUAUUUUAAAGUGGAACAGAACAGUAACAGUAUUCAAUAUAAUAUGGAAAGGUAAUUUGUAAAUUUCAAAUAAAGGAAUCUCAGGAAACAAAA